GUUUGUUUAGAUGCUGUUUAUAAUAACUGAUAAACCGUUAGAAGUGUUAUCAUUUCAUGCUUUAUGUGGCCCUAAUGAUUAAAGAAUAUUGUAGUUUACCAUUAAAUAGCGGAUUUAAAGACGUCAUUCCGUGUAAUAUGCAUGUUGAAGACCAUAGGCCAAAAUACUGCAUCGUCAAAGGCACCGACGCGUUCGGAAGGCAUUUUGAAAGGUCAGGUUCUGUGGUGAAUGUGCCCAUCUGUAGCCUAACAUGAGCCUUGUGUCUAAUGAUGAAAAAAAGAAGAGUAGUCCCGCAGACAAUUUACCAGAGCCAAAUCUGAACAAGUGCCUUAAUGACAGAAGUGGCCAAUCUCAAGAGGGCAUAUGCUUUGAGGAGCUAGCAGAACUCAUCUCUGUUAGUUUAGCUGACAUGAGUUCCUUGACUGUCAAGCCAGAGAAGUGUGCCAUAAUUCAAGAAACUGUCAGCCAGAUCCAUAGAAUCCAACAAGCUAUAGGUGAAAGUGAUGAACUCCAAGAGAGUGAAGUUUCUUCAAGUAAUUCCAGCAUUCUGAAUGCUGAAGUUCUUGGACCUUUGUUAUUGGAAGCCUUAGAUGGUUUUCUUGUUCUUGUCAACACUGAUGGAAAGAUUGAGGUGGUAUCAGAAAACAUAAGCUAUUUCCUUAAGUAUACCAAGGAUGACCUUUUGGGAAAAAGCAUUUACAACAUAAUUCAUGUGGGAGAUCAUGCAAGGUUCAGCAGUAACUUGUUACCAAUGUCAAUAGGUAACGGGUUUGGCUGGACCUCAGAUCCUGGCUCAGGUACAAGUAAAAGUCGAACGUUUAAUUGUCGUUUCCUGAUAAAACCUCCUGAGGACCCAGAAGAAAGUAUGGAAGAAAAACAGACCAGAGUGUCCCAAUAUGAAAACAUGCAGAUCUCUACUGUUCUUUUACCUCAUUUUACAGAGCGUUCUGACAGUCCAGAAUCAGAAACUUCAGGUAAGUUCAG